UCGACUCAUAUCGAUUAGGACCAAUACGCAUACAUGAAAAAGGAAUUUCCAUUACUAUUUACGCAUCUCCAGGAAAAGAAGAGCAGCGAAUACUGCCGACAGCGAGCAAGGAAAAGACAAAAGAGAACUGUGUUAUGCGCAGUGGUUGCUUUGUGUUCUUCAGAAAAAGAAAGAUAGAUAUGAGUAUAUUUAAUUCGAGGGAGACAAAAUAUGACCUGAAGUAGAAAACUAAAAUGGCGAGAAUCAAGUGAUUGUAUUUUGUCCACUUUCGGUAAAAAGUUAGAAUUUUUCAUUCAAACAACAAAGAUAAUGGUGCAUAAGUGCGACUGGACGUAAACAUAAACUAAUUAAAUUAUUUUUGUUCUGUAAUUUUGAGUUGCAAUCAAUUGAGGACUAUGUGUAUCUUGAGUGGCCCUUAGUAGAAGUGUUCCCAGUUUUUUCAGUCCUUCCUUUUAGAAAAUAUGAAUACUGGCGUCGCAGCAGAUAAUAUUUACGACUUUAAUUCGGAAGAAAAUGCUGCAAAAUGGAAAGGGCUCCUAACCUCAGCUUUAAAAAAAGUGCUAGAACAAGUCCAUCCUUCAUUAUGUGCAAGAGAUGAUGCAUUAGAAUAUAUUGAGAGUCUUUGUUUACGUCUUCUUGCUAUGCUUUGUGCCAAACCAAGUCCUCAUACUGUACAAGAUGUUGAAGAAAGGGUAAUAAGUACAUUUCCUACACCAAUUGAUAAAUGGGCACUAAAAGAAGCGCAAGAAGCCAUCGAUAGAGGUAAAAAAAAAUCGGUGCUGCAACUACCUGUUGAUAAAAUUCAUUCUUUACUGCAAAAAGAACUUUUGUUAUACAAAAUUGACUCAACUGUAUCUCUAUUCUUGGUCGCCGUUUUAGAGUAUAUAUCUGCUGAUAUUUUAAAAUUAGUUGGAAAUUAUGCUAAGAAUAUAAAGCAUAUGGAAAUCACCUACCAGGAUGUACAAAUUUCAAUGAAAGUCGAUAAAGCACUUAUGGACAUGUUCUAUCAAGAUGAAGGUGGAGGUAGCAAUAUAAUCGAAAAUCCUGUCAUGGUAUCUACAACAUUAAAUUAUGAAGAAACUGUCAGAGAACUUAUAGCUUCUGAAAAAGCUUAUUUAAAAGAAUUGCAUAUGUUGAUUAAAGUAUUUAGGGAAGAAAUUAUAAAAUUAAAUCCAAGUCCACAAGAUAUAGAAAAAAUAUUUUCGAAUAUCAUGGAUAUUUAUGAAUUAACGUACACUCUAUCAGGCAGUUUGGAAGAUGUACGAGAAAUGGCACAAGAGAAAAUGGCUUACAUUGGUUGUUGUUUUGAAGAACUAGCGGAGGCGGCAGAGUUCGACGUGUAUAUAAAAUACGCCGCAGACGUAACGUCAUCUUCAUGCCGAGAAACUUUGAACAAUUUACUCAAUCGUCCAGACGUCCAAAGCUCUCUAAACACAGCUGGUCAAGGAAUGCCUCUAGCUUUAAGAUAUUAUCUCCCCUCUUUACUCAUGGGACCUAUUUGGCAUUGUUUUUCAUAUUUGGAGUACAUUCCAACAUUGAGAAGAUUGUCGACUUCCAGUGAGGAUCAAGAAACUUUGGCGCAAGUUGAGGGAUUGCUAAAACCAUUACAAAUAGCUCUGGCAAGUUGUGUUCCCAGCCAAAGUAUACCGCGAAAUCCGGGACCAUCACUACAAGGAAAAAAUAGAAGACAAACAGCUAUAUUGAAAAUCCAAGAACUUCAAAAAAUUGUAGAAAACUGGGAUUCCAAAGAUUUGGGACAAUGCUGUAAUGAAUUCAUUCGAGAGGAUACUUUAACAAAAGUUAGUAAUAAUAAAAGACUGACCGAAAGGAGGGUUUUCCUUUUUGACGGCUUGAUGAUACUCUGUAAACCAAACUCAAGAAGACAAAGCUCGGUGCAUCACCAGAACCAUCCCGAAUGUAAGCUCAAAGAAAGAUUUUUUAUAAGAAAAGUUGAAAUUAUAGAUCAUCAAGAUACUGAUGAAUUAAAACACGCUUUUGAAAUAUCUCCUAGACAAACUCCGUCUGUUAUUCUAUGUGCCAAGACUGGAGAAGAUAAAAAUUCUUGGAUGGCUGAUUUAGUUAUGUUGAAUAAUAGAUCUAUGUUAGAAAGAGUAUUGGAUAGUAUCCUAUCAGAUAUUGAGAGAAAACAUCCAUUGAAACUGCCUCCUCCAGAGUUGUAUAAAUUCGCCGAGCCUGAUUCUAAAGAUAACAUUAUACUCGAACAAAGAGAAAAUGGUGGAGUUCCUCUUAUUAAAGGUGCAACUUUAUACAAACUCGUUGAAAGACUGACUUAUCAUAUUUAUGCCGAUCCCAAAUUUGUUAGAACCUUUUUGACAACAUAUAGAAGUUUCUGUUCCCCCAUGGAACUUCUUGAACUGUUAAUAGAACGAUUUCAAAUACCUGACCCAUCUCUAGUUUACGAUCAAGACUGUUGUGAUACUGAUAAAAUGCAGAAGAGUAAUCAGAGGGAGGAUUGGAAGAAAUAUAGAAAGGAAUAUUGCCAACCUGUACAAUUCAGGGUACUAAAUGUGUUACGACAUUGGGUAGAUCAUCACUUUUACGACUUCGAAAGGGAUCCUAUUCUUCUGGUCAAAUUACAAGCUUUUUUAGAUUCAGUGAAUGGAAAAAGUAUGCGAAAAUGGGUAGACAGUGUCAUCAAAAUAGUUCAAAGGAAGUUGGAAAACGACAACCAAAGACUUAUAAAAUUUGCAUUUGAUGAUCCUCCUCCACCUAUAGAAAGACAUAUCAAUUGUUCAGAAGAGGAAUAUGGUAUACUUACUCUACAUCCUGUGGAAAUAGCUAGGCAACUCACAAUUCUUGAAUUUGAUCUCUAUCGAACCAUCAAACCUUCUGAGUUAGUGGGUACUGUGUGGACAAAAAAAGAGAAAGAAAUUACUAGUCCCAAUUUGUUGAAGAUGAUUAAACAUACAACAAAUUUCACAAGAUGGUUGGAAAAGAAUAUAGUAGAAGCAGAAAAUUUGGAAGAAAGGGUUGCUGUAAUGAACAGGAUCAUAGAGAUUAUGAUAUGUUUGAAUGAAAUUAACAAUUUUAAUGGAGUUUUGGCAAUAGUGUCUGCCUUGGGAUCUGCAUCUGUAUAUAGGUUGAACUUCACGUUUGCUGCACUGACUCAACAAAAUCGGAAAGCUCUUGAAGACAGCCGCAAAAGUGAUGAUAGAUUUAAGAAGUAUCAAGAAAAAUUGAGAUCAAUCAACCCACCAUGCGUGCCCUUUUUGGGCAUGUACCUCACUAACAUUCUUCACAUAGAAGAGGGUAAUCCCGACUUCCUUCCAAACACGCAGUUGAUAAAUUUUUUUAAACGUAGAAAAGUUGCUGAAAUUACUGGUGAAAUACAACAAUAUCAAAAUCAACCAUACUGUUUUAGCGUAGAGCCAAGUAUUAGGCAUUUUCUCGAAAAUUUAAAUCCAUUUGGCGAAAUGAACGAUACGGAAAUCAGUAACUACUUAUAUCAAAAGUCUUUGGAAAUCGAACCAAGGGGUAGUAAGGUACUGUCAAAAUUUCCAAGAAAAUGGCCGCACCUGAAUUUAAAAAGUCCUGGUAUUAAAGCCAUUAAGACUGUGAAGAGUGUAUCUGGUGCCCUCGCUAAUACUGUAAAUCAAACUCUAAAUUCUACAAUGAAAAGUGAUGACUCUAAGAGCGAGGAUUCUUCCAGAUCCGACAAUGAUUUCAGUGUAUUUGCAUCUGUACAAUUGGGUACCAGUCAGAAUAGUCCAACUUUGAGCCCAGUCUCUCCUGCUGCAUCUAAUCCAAUUAUCAGUUGGUUCCAUCACACGAGAAGUCCCAGCGUUAGCUCAAUCAUGUCAACAUCUUUCAAACCAUCUAGGGUUGAACAAACACCACCAACAAUACCUCAAAGAUUCAGCCACAACAGCCAAAGCUCUACAGGUGGUCCCAAUAGUCCAGGACCGCAUAGUCCCAUUUCACCUGGUCCUCACCUUCCUACUGAACCCAUAAGUCCUCGAUUACCGCCUACACCACCUCCUCCGCCUCCACCAUUACCCCCUAGAAGAAGAAGGGAUAGUCCCGAAAUAAGUUCACCACAACAAAUGAGACAGGCGCCAGACGCCCCUAUUCUUCCACCACGUGACAACUCUAUACCCCGUGAUUGUUCACCUCCUCCUUUGCCGCCUAGAAGAGAACCAGGUUCCUCUCCUAGCUCUCACUCUCAUUCCCAUUCUUAUCCUCACCAUUUCAACCCACUUCCCAAUUUGGGAGGACACAGUACCUUACCGAGAUUGAAUCCGACUCAUACUUCUCAACUUCAUAUGAGGAGGCACGCUACCUUACAUCCGCAUCCACAACAUACUUUGACGAAUAAUGGAGGGACCAGUAUGAUAGUCCCAGCACCACCACCAAGCAUCUCGCCAAGGUAUACUAGAGAGGUUAAUUCUGGCCAAAUAACCCCCCAGUUACCUCCUCGACCAACGGUCAGAUCGGCGGGACUAACAUGUGGCACCAUGUUCCAGUAUCCGACGACUACCACCACUUAAAUUCUAAACGAAGGAAACAUUUUCUUAGUUGUAAUGAAUUACAAACAUUACGCUUAUACCAAUCAGGUUGCUUCGCUUCACCAUAGAUUGAAAAAUUUGGAAAAAUUCUAAGAACGACGCUGAUACGAAUUAAAAGUAUUUUGAAUUUGAAAUGUCUGAUUUUUGUCACACAAUCUAUAACACUAUAUUCAGAAUUUUUACAAGAUUACCAACUUUAUAUCACUCCCAUCUCAUACACACUACUUGUUAUAUAGUAGUUUUUCCAUAAUAUUGUUUUUAAAUGCACUAUUGAAAUGAAGUGUAUUGGGAAAUUAUAAGAAGAAAAAGUACAUGAUAACCAAUUAUAAAUUUUUAUUUCUAAUAAUUUCAAGUAAGAUGUCAAAAUCUGCUACGUAAAAUUAUUUUAGAGAAACCAAAAUAAACUUGAUAUCUUCUAAAAUUCAUAAAAUCUGUUGACUACAGUAAAUUUAGUUGAAACGUGAAAAAUAUUUGCUUAUUUAUGUGCUUACAGGAAUGUUCAUUUUAAAUAUAAUAAAUGUCCUGUAUCUUUUAUUAAUGUAAACAUGAAUUAAUUAUUUCCUGUCAUACAUACUGUAAGGGAUGUAUUUUAUAAUUCUUUAUGAUAAUACAAUUACACAUCCAUUCAGCACAUUUGAAGAUUAUUGAAAUGUUCACAUUUGUAAUAAUAUUUGAAUGGUGAAAUGAAUUACCUAAAUAUAUCAUUUUCUAAAAUCCUUUAAUCCAAGUAUUAAUUAUUACUUGUUUCUACUUCACUUUAUCAAUUGUAAAACAGAUGAGCAAUGAAAGUGUAUCAAUACAACAAAGUAAAUUUAUUUUUCGUUACAUAUGUUCUUUUUCGUGAAACUAUGUUUAUUAACGCCUUGAAUUUUUAGAAAAAAAAAACAAUUGCUGAGUUUGUCCAAUGAAUUAUUCAAGCCAAAUCAAAAAUGUUUUCAUUUACAACAAAUUUCGGUAAUAAACAUAAUAAAAUUUUAGACAUUUUUUUAUUCAAAAUAUAUUUAAAAAAGUACAUUUUGUCAUUUCGCAAGUAGUUUGAAUUUAACCGAUGCGCUGUAACAGACAAUAGCUAAAUAUCUUUUAUUUGUAUAUAUUCUACUUUGUUACCCUAAACGAGAAAAAAAAUGUAUAUUAAGUUGUUGUUCGGAUACAGAUUUGGAAAUAGUGUUAUCAUAUGAAAUACAUACAACUAAUCUUGUACUAGUACUUACGUACAGUUUGGUUUUCAAAGGAGAUCAAAGUUAUUGACCAUAUUUAUUUACUUUGUGUUUUAUACAAAACUCUCCUUAUAUUACCUUUACUACGUUGUUUAUUGGGUUGUAGCCCCUUUAACACUGUCAGCUAAUAAUAGGUGUUGUUUUUUUGCUUCUUUUUGAAGAACCGUUAUUUUUGUCCAUUUCAUCAUUCUUGGGAACUCCCAUGUCAGUUUUAAAAACAAGACAGCUCAGUUUUUUAAUAGCCGCUUGAUUUUUAGAGAGUAUUUCUAGAACUUUACAUUCUAGAUAUAUUUCCAUAGUUCUAUCAAUUAAAACUUUAUUGUCAAAUAUUAUAGCAUACAAUUUUGGUUUUUAUUUACCUAUAUUAUUAUUAUCAAAUACUUUUCCAAAUCUGUAAUGUUACCGAAACUCAUUGUUAAAUGUAAUUACCUUGAGGGCCAUUAUCUCACUAUAAUACUGCAUACAUUUUAUCUUUUAAAAGUUUUAUUAAAAUGACAAUAUACUAACCAGUAAAAUCAUAGAAAUAUGAAAUACUGUAACAAAUUAUAACCAUAGUAAAUGAUAUUUUUAGUGAGAUAAUCCCUCAAGUUUCAAGCAAGCAAUAAGAAGUAACGAAAUGCCUAACUAAUAUUUUUGAAACAUCCCUAGCAUCGGCAGUAAAAUAUUUUAGAAUUUUUUUGAAAUAUUCCAUCAGAUCAGUACAAAUAACAGAGCACAUAUUCAUUGUUAUCCUAAAUAUUGAUUAAAAUCAUUUACGUUAUUUCAGAUAAAAAAAAUAAA